UCUUCCCUUUAAAAUGCGUUAAAUUUAAUUGCCAAGAGCAAGACUACUGAAACCCUUUUAUUGCUGGUCCUUUCGGUGGAAGAAUGGAACGUAAAGAUAAUCAAUCUCCUCGAGGCCAUAUUGCUGGGAUUUUGGUUGAAUUCUUGGAGGUAGCAAUCACUUCAGUUGUUUUCCUUAAAGGAAUUUAUUCUCCCGGUGCUUUUGAGAGGAGGAGGUAUAUGAAUGUGGUAGUGCAGAGGGCACGGCAUCCUCAGCUAAGAGAUUAUAUCCAUUCUGCGGUUUCUGGACUUCUUCCUUUCAUCGAAAAGGGCCUGGUGGAGAGAGUUGCUGUUAUCUUUUUCAACACUGACAACAUUCCAGUGGAGAGAUUUAUGUUCAAACUAGCAGUUAAUCAAUCUUUUGACUCAAAGGUGGAAGAAAGUGAUCUAGAAUUCUCCCUUAGAUCAUUCUUAGUUAAACUUUCAGUCUCCCAACCCCUUACAAAGGUUCUUCCAUGUGAUUGCAGGUGGGAGAUCACGGCUUACUUCCGUUCCCUUCCUCAGGUUAGUAAUUGCAAGGACACAGAGUUGUGGAUCUCAACUGACACAAAACAGUGGCAACAACCUCCACUAAUAACCCCUAUCAAGUCAAUGAACAGUGAACCUCUGGGUGUGCAGUUGUACUUGGAACAUCCCAGCCCAUCAGAACCAAAAUCUUGAGGGGAGCUCUUACCGCAUUGUGAUUAAUGUGAUGAAACAUACAAACAGAUGUAUUUGAAGGGAUAGA